AUGGGUCCGAAUGAGCACUCUUCAAAGUCGCUUUGGUCGAUUUUUCGGAAGUUUUCGAAACGUUCGUUGCACGGCAGACAUCACAGAAAAGGUGAUCAGAAGGGUCGGAGAACGAGUUCUCUGCAUCGUAUACCUUCCAAUGAGUCGGACACACAACUUAACGUCGGUACGGACGCUCAAUCGUUGCAAUCUCACACACUUCCUUCGCGAAAUUAUAGAGCACGGUCUACAACACCGAUGCCGCCUCGUGCUACGCCAACAUUGAGACGAGCCUACACUCCUAGUCGUUCUCCUGUCCCUGCGCAUGCUCCUGUUCCCUCUAAACCUUCUAUACGUCAUUACUCAAAAAGUCCUGAACCUACAAAUCCGACGACAACGCAGAAACAGCGGCUUAAUCAGCAGCCAGAAUCCAAUGACACCUCCAACACCUCCAAUGCACACAAGUCGCCUGCGUUUGCAGAUAAGCGGCCAGACGGCGAUCGUCCACAGGCCCUAACCAUUUCCACUACUAAUACCGCAGAGACUGCUGCAAGCAACAAGACAUCUGAGACUUUAAAAUCUCCCAACUCGUUGGCUAGUGAUACUCCUACUUCAGAGAUUCACCCAAAUGUCCUGGAGGAUAUACGGAUAGAAGAGGAUUCUGUAAAGUUUUCCGAUGACAAGAAAGUUGGACCAGAUGGCAAACGGCCUGUCCUCAGAGCACAUGUGACCACGAAAGAUUCCAAGGUUCUUCUUCCGGAACCUGUGAAGCCAGACACGACUGCAGACGUUGAAGCUGAACCACUUGAACCGCCUCAACCGGUUGAGUUUCCCCGGGAGCUUGAGACAGAUGGCACGUACAAUGCACCUUUGCCUUAUCCUGAUAACAAUUGCAAGUUGGCUCCGCUCUUUCGGAAAUUGACUGAGCAACAACAGAAGCAUUAUGAUGAGGUACUCGACUUUUGUCUUCAUCUGAAAGAGGUGCCAAAUAGUGCACACAGCAAAGAGAACUCUCCGUUGACGGAAUUCGAGCGUUAUUGGCUUUCUCGAGAAUGUAUACUACGAUAUCUGCGUGCCACGAAAUGGCGUGUGCAGGAUGCGAAGAAGCGUCUCGUUGAUACGCUUGUUUGGCGAAGACAAAACAAUGUGAAUGAUUUAUCACCAUCUGAAAUUGAACCAGAAAACUAUACUGGAAAGCAGGUGUUGCUUGGCUACGACAAUAAUGGUCGUUCGUGUGUUUAUUUGUAUCCUGCCCGGCAGAACACGAAGAAUUCUCCGCGACAAAUUCUGCAUUUGGUAUAUUCGCUUGAAUGUGCUAUUGAGCUGAUGCCACCGGGGGUGGAGACGUUAGCUUUGCUUGUUAACUUUAAAUCCACAUCUUCUCGUUCUAAUCCUAGCGUUGGUCAGGGCAAGGAGGUGCUUAGUAUUCUUCAGACUCAUUACUGUGAGAGAUUAGGAAGGGCCUUGGUUAUCAACAUACCAUGGGCGGUCUGGGGGUUUUUUAAGCUCAUUUCGCCGUUUAUUGAUCCAUUAACAAGAGAAAAACUGAAGUUUAAUGAACCGCUCGAUCGGUAUGUCCCUUCAGACCAGCUUGAUAUGACUUUUGGCGGUACCUUAAAGUUCGACUAUAUUCAUGAUAAGUAUUGGCCUCAACUUGUCGAACUGUGUAAAACUCGGAGAGAAGCAAGUUUAAAGCGAUGGCGCGCACUCGGUUCUAAAAUUGGAACUAGCGAAUGGGUCACCAAAGGCGGAGAGGAGUAUAUUCAGAGAAUGCGCGAGUACGUGAGGCCGUCGUUGGCUUACGUGCAGAUUGCCCAAAAGGAGUAUGAGUCCUCGUUGGCAGUAUAUCAACAGAGCUUACACUCUCGGCGCACACAACCUGUGUCCUCAGUCGCUACAGAUCCAUCAUACUCUGAUAAUCCAAAGCUCCUUGCUGAGACUGACAGUGACUCUGCAUCCUUUGUUACAGCCAUCAAUCAAUCUGUCACCUAA